AUGUUGGCAGUGCUUCCAUGCAUAGAUGAACAAAAGGUAUUAUUUGCGACAUUCAAAUUGACUGGAGAGGCAAAGCCCUGGUGGAGAUCAGCGAGGUUGAUUGAAGAGCAGAGACCAGACCCUGUACCGGUGACGUGGAGCCAUUUUAGGAAUUUAUUUUUUGAGCGGUAUUUCCCUGCUACCGUUCAAAGAGAGAAGGCAAUAGAGUUCUUGCACCUUACUCAGGGGCAGAUGACAGUAUCGCAGUACGCAGCCCUGUUUAUUAAGUUGUCCCGGUUUGCCCCACAUCUGACAAUGGAUAAGGAGAAAAAGGUGAGGAAAUUUAAGGAAGGCUUGAGGCAGAAUCUGUUUGAGCAAGUUAUUGGUUUCCAGGCUCAGACAUUUGUGGAGGUUGUUGACAGAGCUACAGUGAUCGAGAGUGGCAUGUAG